AAGAGACCACGAGAGAACAACUGACAGUCAGGGUUUUUAUAUAUCAUCGAUGUUACGCCGAUAACGGCGAUCAGUACGACAAGUUGUUGGAUGCAUCCACAGGAAAAGAGAUUUUUGAUAAGGAAGAGAGAAGAAUCAAGAAGGGUGAUAAAAAGAGAUUUCCUUGUCCUUCUCUUUUUUGUAUCGUGAAAAAUUCGAGUUGCGCCGAACGGCAAACUCGACGGUACAGAUACAUAUCGCGAAGAAAGAGAAAGAGUGCGCGCGCGAGCAAGAGAGAAAGAGAGGGAGGGAGAGAGAGAAAGAAAGAAAGAGAGAGAGAGAGAAAGAGAGAGAGAGAGUGUGAGAGAGAGAGAGAGAGUUAACGAAGAGAGAACGAAGAGCAUCGGAGGAGAGCGUGCACCGGCUGACGCUCGUGAGCAGCAGUACUUCCUCGAUUCCAUUCGUUAAGACGCGAGACUCAAAGAGACGAUGAGAGCGUGCUGACGACAACGACGACGUCGCGCGUUAAAGAUUCGGAAACUAUGGCGAACAUCGCGGCGCAGCGAAUCAAACGGGAAUUCAAAGAGGUUAUAAAGAGUGAGGAGGUGAGUGGAGGGAUCACCUCUCGGAGCAGACAACGUAGAUUCGAUCUCGAAUCAAUGCGCGAAGGAGAAGCGCUUCGCGGUUAUGCGGCUUUUGCGGCUUUUCGUGUGGCAAAGUGUGCAAUUAAAGUCGAGUUGGUAAAUGAUAGCUUCACUGAAUUAAAAGGAGAAAUAGCUGGGCCACCAGAUACACCUUAUGAGGGAGGUAAUUUUGUACUUGAAAUCAAAGUACCUGAGACUUAUCCCUUCAAUCCUCCUAAAGUUCGUUUUAUAACAAAAAUAUGGCAUCCUAACAUAUCUUCGGUCACGGGUGCUAUUUGUCUGGACAUAUUAAAAGAUCAAUGGGCAGCCGCAAUGACUUUACGAACAGUAUUGCUAUCAUUACAAGCAUUGUUAUCUGCAGCAGAACCGGAUGAUCCUCAGGAUGCAGUAGUAGCUAAACAAUAUAAAGAACAGCCUGAUAUGUUUCGUCAAACUGCAAAACAUUGGACAUUUGUAUAUGCGGGUGGACCUGCAAAGAUGCCAGAGCUAGAUGAAAAAAUAAGAAGAUUAACAGACAUGGGGAUUGAAGAACAUAAUGCAAGAGUUGCUCUUUCCUCAUAUAAUUGGGAUUUGGAACGUGCCACUGAGCAGCUCUUCAGUUAGUGAUAACUGUACAGUUAAUUCAUCACACAAAGACCACUCAUUUUGUCAUUUAGGAACUUCUGUAACAACACACUCAACUAAUAAUACCAUAGCAGUUUUAUAAUAAAAUUCAGCUCCUUUAAUGGCAAUAUUUCUAGUGUAAGAAAAAAAAGAUCAAAAGAAAAUUCAAUAGAUCUUGAUUUGAUAUCUUUAAUAGUUAUCUGCUUGAUUUAUAAAAUACGGGCUUGAAAAAAAAAAUCUAAUGAAACGUAUAAAGGCAAAAUUUAUAAUUAGCUAUAUAUCUCAAAGAUAAGAUUUGCAAACAAAAAUUUAGUUCUUAAUCUUAAUUCAAAUGAGGUGAUAAAUAUGCUUUACAAGCAUAUUUUUAACUGUUAUGGAAAUUGAGUAGUGUGUUUAUUACGUCUUUAUGUUUUUUUUUUCUUUUUUUCUUUUUUUUUUUUUUUUUUUUUUUUUUUUUUUAUAUAAUUGUACGAUGUUUCAGAACGAUUAAUGUUUUGAAUGGUUGAGUGUGUAUUUUUUUUAAUUUUAUGUUGUACACAAAACAAACACAAACAUAUACGUCUUCUUUUCUUUAUUCUCUGUUUAUAAAUUUUAUAGAUCAGGAUAUUAAUUAUACUUUGCAUAUAUUUGUUUUUUCUUUAUAAACAAGUAAACUUAAAGAAAUUUUUCUGGGUACUGUAGUGAAAUCUCUUGUAGAACGGUACCUGAUAUAUAUUGGUUUAUGUUACAGAAGUCAAUAUAUGAUACGAUGCUUCUUAUAUAAGAACAUAUAUCAAGACAGAAAACAUGUUUUUUUGAUCUUCAAUAUUAUUUCCCUACACUUCUUUUCUUAAAACAUAUAGAAGUGUAAUGUGAUUAGAUUCGGAAUGUAUGUUACUGAAAUAGAUGAAGAUUUAAUAAUGUUAGAUUGUAUUUAUAAAAACGUUCAUACACUUAAAUACCAUAUUGUUAAUAUUUACAUUUUGUACAUUUCUGGUGUUGGGUUAUGGACAAUGACCUGAUUCUUCAUCACCUCAUAUGCACAUAGAAAUAUUAUUUUAUAUUCAAAUUUAGUAAUUGACAUUCCAGAUUCAGACAACCACUGCAUUUAUUCAUUACUAUUAAUUAUGUUAUUCGAAACGCAUUCAAAAAUAUAUAUUAUAAAUGCAUUGAAUAUGCAUUACAAAAUCUUGCAAUAUGGAAAAAUAUUUUGCAAACAAACACAGAUUGUAAAAUUUCAUACUAUUUAGUUAAAAAAUUUAUUUAAACAAAUUUUUAUGUUACACGAGAAAUUGAUUUAUAAAAUCCUUAUUAAAUUUUGUUAAUGCUUCUUUUUUACUAUACGAGUUCGAUGAAAAAAGAAAAAAUAAAACAAACAAAUUUUAUAUUAUAUAUGAGAAAAUAUUAAAUAUGUAGUAUACAAUUGAAUUUCUCAACUUUAUGUAAUAUUGAGUCAAUUGUAUCGAAUAUCGUUCUCUUUUCAAACGCAUGUCAAUUCAAUUAAACCAAAGUAAGAAUCCUUGUUCAAGUAGAUCUCUUAUUUUUAAUUUUUAACAUGACUUACUUCCACUUUAUAUCUAAUCAAUUUAGGAAAAAAUAUUAAUAAUUGGUUAGUUAUAUCUUUUGUCUUUAUAUUAUUGUAUUUGAGCAAAAUUCUUUUUGCUGCAGAAGAUUUGUAAACAAUAUUAUAGGUAGAAUACAAUAUUGUAUAAAAUAGGUAUUAAAAUAUAUAUUUAUAGUUCCUUAAUCAUUUUACUUAGUAGAUUCAUAAGUUAUUAUUACAUUCAAAGUAAAUAUUUACAUGUAAUAUUUUUAAAUUAUGUUUCCAAUAGAUCACAAAUAAGGUAACUGACUAAUAAGUAAUAAUAGUUAGCAAAAGUAUCAUUGUCACAAGGAGUUAUGUUUGUACAUUCUAAGUUUUCUUGCAGAAAGAGUUGCUAAAUAUACAUUGUCAUUAAUUUUGAAAGAACACAUAUCUAUGAUUGGAUCAGAUACUGGAAGUGUAUGCACUUGAUUGCCAGUUGAUGUACUCCAAAAUGGAAUACUACUAAUAGAUUCUUGGUGGACAGCAAUUAGCGUAUCGUUUUCUACAGAUACAUGACAAGGACGUGACAAAAGACGUUGAGAAUUGCCAGCAUUAAAUGUAUGUACAAUAUUGCAUAAAACCAUUUCAUCAUUUCCUUUUUCAAUAGAACAUACAAUAUGUCUUGCUUGAGGUAAUCGUUCGUUAGGUCGACAAGAUAUAAGAGCGUGAUUAUUUUUUUUAUCAUAACGUACAGAGACAAAAGGACCUUGUAAAUUCAUUUCUUUUGAUAUAUAUGUAGAUUCCUUCAGUUCGUACGCGUUACAACUGUUUAAACGACACGCUAUAAAUCCACCUCUGCUAAUUCCACUUCCUGCAUAUGCAGGUACUGUUGCCAAAGAAAUAACAGGUGAUCUAUCAGUAGAACUUUCUAAAAGAUCAACGGGAGUCGAUGUUUGUCUAAUAUCAAAUUGCAUUAUCGAUCCAUUUUGAGCACCAGCAAAAAAAAUAUUAGAAUCAUCACCUGACCAGCAGCAACUCCACAAUGUAAAAUCUGUUGUAUAUGAGUGCAUUAUAGUAUUGCUUUGGAUAUCAAUUAAUUUAGCACUUUUGUCAAAGCCAACACUUAGAAGUACAGAUUGUUGCGAGGGAUGAAAACUAAUGUCUCUUAUAGCUUGAGAAUGAAGGAAUAGAAAUUGACGUGGUACAAAGUU